UUGUUUUUACAGGAAGUAAAGAUGGCGGCUCAGUCGUUUCUCUCAGAGUCUGUCCUCGGAUGGUCAAUUUUCACCAUUAUACUUUUGGUAAUCUUGGCUUUCUGUUGGGUCUACAUUAGGAAGUUUCAGAGUCGGCAAGAGAGUGAAGUUGUUUCAACUAUCACAGCAAUAUGUGCUCUCGCAAUUGCUUUGAUAACAUCUGCGCUUCUACCAGUGGACAUAUUCCUUGUAUCAUUCAUGAAGUAUCCCAACGGUACAUAUAAGGAAUGGGCAGCAAACAAUGAAACAAGAGGGCAAAUUGAAGACACUGUGCUCUAUGGAUAUUACACUCUUUACUCCAUCAUACUAUUCUGUGUCUUCCUAUGGAUCCCUUUUGUUUACUUCUACUAUGAAGAAAAGGAUGACAACAACAUGAGCAAGUGCUCGCAAGUGAAGAAUGCUCUGAAGUACACAGUUGGAUUUGCCAUUGUCUGUGUGGUGCUCCUAUUAAUUGGAGCAUUUGUUCCACUUGAGGCGCCACCUGGUCAGAAUUCCACGCAGUGGGAAAAAGUGCAAUAUCUCUUUGAGGAGCUUGGCAGCAGUCAUGGUCUACCAGCUUUGUCUUUUUCCAUCAGCUCCUUGACCUUGAUUGGCAUGCUGGCAGUGAUCACUUACACGGCAUAUGGCAUGUCUGUUAUGCCUCUGAAUCUGAUAAAAGGCACACGGAGUGUGCAGUAUGAACGCCUGGAGAACACAGAGGACAUUGAAGAUGUUGAGCAUCAGAUUGGAAAGCUAAAAUCCAAGUGUAAAGAUGGACGUCCUUUGUCCUCCAAGGACAGAAACAACCUACAGGAACUAGAGGGCAAACUGCAGGUGCUCCAGCGCCGGGGACGACACCUGGAAAUUGCAGAGAGGAACUGCUGCACUAAAGUUGGCAGUGCUCUCAGACCUUUCAAGAUAAUACUGGGGAUUUUCUUCAUCCUGGUUGCACUGCUGUUCACUAUUACCCUGUUCAUUUCAAAUUUGGAUAAAGCUCUCCACUCUGCUGGCAUCAGCUCUGGGUUCAUCAUCUUUGGCACCAACUUAACGAAUCCUCUAAAUGAACUUCUUUUAGCCUUACAACCCGUUUUUCCUCUGGAUUAUAUCCUGAUCACUGUCAUCACCAUGUACUUUGUCCUCACAUCCAUGGCCGGCAUUCGCAAUAUGGGCAUCUGGUUCUUCUGGAUCAGGCUGUACAAAAUAAGACCCAAGAAAACACGUCCCCAGGCUCUUCUCUUCCUCUGCAUGAUUCUUCUCUUGAUUGUCCUACACACCAGCUACAUGAUCUACAGUCUGGCCCCUCAAUAUGUCAUGUAUGGCAGCCAGAAAUACCUUGUACAGAGUCCGAUACCCUCAACAAGUCCUGCGUCUGGAAAUACUACAGUUGGUACUACAAGAAUAUGUGACGCAGAUGCGCCUGAGGACCAAUGCACUGUGACGAGGACUUACCUUUUCCUCCACAAGUUCUGGUUCUUCAGCACCAUCUACUACUUUGGCAACUGGGCCUUUAUUGGGGCUUUCCUCAUUGGUCUGGUGGUAUCCUGCUGCAGAGGGAAGAAGUCGGUGAUUGAAGGAGAGGUGGAGGCCGAUGACUCAGACCUCAGUGAUGAUGAAUAUGUGCACUAAAAAAAGAAAACUCCCUUCAUUUGUACAUAUUGUAGCCAUAACCUAAAGGGAUUAGAAAGAAAAGUAUUUCAUUUUGAUUUCAUUAACAAAUAAAUGAGUGUCAGAGAUCUGUCCCAAUUUAACUUAUUGGUUUUAAGGAGUUAUUGCAGCGGCGUCUCCUGGAUUGCAGCCUCGUUUUGAGGCAGUGCGUCCCUCCCCUUUAAUGAGACAGCUCAGACUGAUCGUUAUGCCUUCCUCAGUCAAUAUUAUUGAUGUCUUUGGGAUUCUGGGAGUGUCCUCCAACUCAAUCCUACCUUGAGAAUUCAACAGUCUGACAUAAAUUGGUCGUUUUCAGGAGACAGACUUACUGCAGCAGCAAAGACGGGAACAUGCGCUGCUCCAAAACAUAACAUUUAAGCUUUAUUUGGAACAACUUUUAAUUGUAAACUUGUUUCAUUCAGUUUCUAGACCCUUUACGUGAUUAAUUUAUUACAUCUACAGUUGGCUUUAAAACAUCUUUGAAAGAAAAAAAAGUGUACACAUUAGUUUGCUAUUAAAAAAUACAGCAAGUGAUUUUGUUUUUAUUUUGUUUAAGAUUACGCAUAAUUUGAGUGGGUAAGCUUUAUUUCUCCCUCCACAUUCAGUUAUUUACAGUUUCAGGCCAUUUUCUAAUAAAGCCCUUCCUGCACCUGCACACCUGCUCUGUGUACAAAGUCUAAAGGACCAAUUGCAUCUGCAGUGUUUUCAGUGUUUCUGCUGUACAUGGUUUUUAAUUAUAUGGCUUCAGCAGCUGUUUGCACUCUGUGUUGGGAGAAAAAUGUGAAAUGCUGAAUAAGAAAUAAUCAAAGAUAUGGAUGUGUUUUUCCUUUAAUUAAGAGGUACUUUAAUGUUUGCUAGUGCUGUGGAGUUUGUAAACUGCAGGCCUGUGAUAUUAAAAAAAGCUAUUUAUAGCUUAUUUUAACAAUUUUUUUCUGCGUAUUAUUCUGAUGAAUAUAUCAAAUCUGAUGAUUUAUGGUAGAAACCAAAUGUUUGUGCCUCAUGAACGUAUACUACUAUGAUGGGCACUUACCUCUGAUUGUCAGCCUAAAUCUCUGAGUUUUGUUUUGGUUUUGCUUUGAGAUGUUUGCCUGGUUUACUCCACUGAGAUGAGUGGAGGGAAACAGCCAGUAGGUGAUGAUGAAAAGACCUGCAACACGUGUCGUUUCUACGUGGUAGAAAGGAUUUCUGUUAUGGAAGUUGUAUCAAUAUUAUAUUCUAUGUGUAUUUAAAGGAAUAAAACAAUUUCAAAACA